UCCUCUCGCGAGAGUCCCCGAGAUUUCGCGAGAGGACAGCCCCUGCCGUCGCUGUGGAGACGAAGCUCCUCGCUGCACCGGGGAGGCUCGGAUGGCGAGUCGCCGCCGCCGCCGGCGCUUGGCCGGCCCGAAGCGGCUCCAAAACGGGGCACCUCGACGAGAAAAGCCGCCUCCGCCGGAGCUCCCAGCUGAGCCGGCCACGCUGACGGUCGCCAAAACCCGCAAAGGCCGCGCAGUGGUGCUGCUCCCAGCGGAGCAAACUCUGACCUUCACGGGCAAAUGCCGCCUGACGUGCCUGCAUGGAUCCGUGCAGGUUUUGGGGUUCACCAUCGCUGCAGGCCAGCCCCCUUACGACCUCUACUCCCCCCACACCUACUGCGCCCUCACCAUCGAAGCUGCCGCCGGCAUCCAGGACCCGGAAAAAUCAGAGAAGGAGGUGAAACUGGAGGCCAAGGCCCUCCUGCGAGCACACUUUGUACCCCAGGAGGCCAGGGGACGGCUGCUCAGAAGCUUUCGUCCGGGCUGCUCCAUUUUUUUGCUGGAACCGCUGGAGACGCCGGAGACCAAGUUCAUUCUCAGCCACUCGGAGUUCGCCCAGAUCUUCAGAGCGAAAAAGCAGGAGGCUUCCCCCGUCCUCCCAGAAGAUCCAGUCCUGGCAUCUGCCGGCCUUGAGCUUUUGGGGCCUGGCAGCGGCCUGCUGGCAUCCCAAAGCAUGCGCUCGGCCAUCGGGGAGCUGCUCCACGCUUGCCAGGUGGAAGACGAAGGCUGCCCGGUUAUCUUAGUUUGCGGCCCGAAAAGCAUCGGAAAGUCAACGUUCAACAGAUACCUGAUGAACCUUUUACUCAACCGCCUUCCCUGCCUCGAAUACUUGGAGUGCGAUUUGGGGCAGCCGGAGUUCACCCCACCGGGCUGCAUUUCCCUGGUGAACGUGCGGGAACCCUUGUUGGGCCCCCCGUUCGCCCACCAGCGGCCCCCUCGCAAAAUGGCCUACUACGGGGACGCCUCUUGCGAGCACGACACGGAGCGGUACCUCGACACGCUGAAAUACGUCUUCGGAGGCUACGAGAGAGACAUCCCUCUGCUGGUCAACACCAUGGGAUGGGUGAAAGGUGCCGGCUUGCUGCUCCUGAUCGACGUCAUCCGCUCCCUGUCGCCCACCCACGUCGUCCAGCUCAGCGCCGAGGACUUCAAAGACCUCCCUCUGCUCUCCGCCGACUACAUCCGCGGCACCCCCGGACUGCACACCUGGGGGAGACCCUCCCUCAAAAGGAAACACCCCGGAGGGACCCAUGCUCCACAGCCGGGCCAUCAGCUGCUGUGUGUCCAGGCCAUAUUUCCGGGCGCCGGGGUCCCUGGCGUAGGGCGAGUGCACAGCAGUACCCUGAGGAAUGUCACCAUGGUGGGCUACCUGGGUCAGCUGCAGCCCCCCCACAUGGAAGAGGCCGUCCCCCUGACCGGCCUGGUGCCCUAUCAGGUGCCCUUCGACGCCACCGCCCUCCGGGUGAUCCACGUGGAAGUGGCCCCCACCCACAUCCUGUGCUCCCUCAACGCCAGCUGGGUCGGCCUGUGCCGCCUGCCGGAUCAGGUCCCUCCUCAAGCGGAGGGCCCCGUGGUGGUGUUGCCGCAGACGCCCCUCUGCGAUUGCGUGGGCUUCGGAAUUGUCCGAGGGGUCGACAUGACCAACAAGCUUUACUACAUCCUGACGCCGGUGGCUCCGGAGAACUUACGCCGGGUGAACUGUUUGCUGAUCGGCAACAUCGCCAUCCCUAAUUGCAUCUUUCUGAACCAAGCCAGGACCGACGGGGAGAUCCCCUACGUCACCUCCGAUUACAACUACGAAGUCUCCGGGGCCGGGAAAUUAAAAAUCAAGAAGCACCUUCAAAGGCGAGAGCACCGUGGCCUCUGAAUUCCUCCUUCGGAAGGAUUCCUCUCCGGGACCCAGCGGACUUUCUGUCAUGCCAGCCGGCGUGGCGCCUCCCCUCGGCGGAAUUUGCACCCUCCCCCCUUCUCCGAUUAGCCGGGUUUUUUUUAAAAUCACAAUAUUCAAAUUAAAACAUUUUAUACAAAA